UUGUCUGGUCACACUGGGCCCAAGGUUUUGUGUUGUAUGUGUGUGGGUGCGUUAGUAAUAGUUUAUCCAGACUAUGAGUUAAGGAGAAAUUAAAUCAAAACGCCAACGCCCACAAAUGCGUUUUCUCGUACGCUCAGCGUUGCAAAAAAUCUCGAAAACUCGGAAAAAUUGAGACCGCUAAGAAAAUCGAGAACAUCUACAUCAAAUUCAACAGUCAGCUCCUGUGUGUGUGUGUUUUUGUGAGUGCGAGCUUGUGUGACUGUGUGAGAGAGUGUGCGAGCGAGAAGGACGAUUGCGAGGGAGUCGAGCUUUGCCAAUUUCCCAGCCAACUUUCGGCACUUAGUCGCGAUUUUAUCCACCAGAAAUCCAUUUAUUCGGAAUGCAAUGAGUAUGCUGCUCGUUUUCUCUCUAAAAAUGUGCUGAUAAACGGCAAAAGAGACGGGAAAACAACAGCAAAAACCAAAUAGCAGCAGAGGAGCCGAAAAAAUACUUAAUCAAAGGAAAUUAAAUAACAAGGCGGCGGCGGCAACAACACUUACAUAAAUUAACUCGCAAACGCAACAACACUAAUAACAAUAGCUUAUCACACAGCAAUAACAACAACAGCAGAAAUAACAACAAAUCAGCAGCCAGAAAGAACAACAGUUUAUCUCAAAUAUUCAGCCGGCUGCACGAGUGCGAGCAAGAGGGGCAUAUUAAGAGAGCGGAGAGAGAGAGGGAGAGCGACAGAAGGAGGGAGUGUGUGUGUGAGUGGGAGCAGGCAGCAAAAAACAAAAGUAAUAUUUUGCAUUGUUCGACUCGUCCAACUGUAAAUAUCAAGCACUUGCAAAAAACAAGAAACAAAAUGGCACGCGGCUUCGAUCAUCUGUUCAAGUUGCUAAUAAUCGGCGAUAGCGGCGUGGGCAAGUCGUCGCUUCUUAUCCGGUUCUCGGACGACACAUUCUCGGGGAGUUACAUCACCACCAUCGGCGUAGACUUCAAGAUCCGCACUGUGGACAUAGAAGGCAUGCGUGUGAAGCUGCAGAUCUGGGACACGGCCGGCCAGGAGCGCUUCCGCACGAUCACCAGCACCUACUACCGCGGCACCCACGGCGUCAUCGUCGUCUACGACGUGACGAACGGCGAGUCGUUCGCGAACGUACGCCGCUGGCUGGAGGAGAUCCAGAACAACUGCGACGUGGUCAAGAAAGUAUUAGUGGGCAACAAAAACGAUGACCCGGACAGGAAGGUGGUCAUCACAGAGGACGCGCAACGGUUCGCGAAACAAAUGGACAUCGAGCUAUAUGAGACAUCUGCCAAAGAUAACAUCAACGUGGAGAACAUGUUCCUGUCGAUCACGCGGCAGGUGCUCGAUCACAAGCUGCGCACCUCCCCCAACGAGCAGCAGAAGGACACGCUUCACCUGAAGCCCAAUCCCAAGGGCACCAAGGGUGGGAAGUGCUGCAGGUGAAAGCGGCUCUGGCACGGGAGCUGGCAUUGGAACUGGACCGACGGCGACGGCGGGACAGGAAUUGGAACCGGAAUUAGGACCAGGACCUGGAUCAUGUCCGGGGUCGAAUGGAAUCGUUGUGGGGCGCGUAGUUUGUAGGGAUCUUGGCGUACAACACGGCACACACCACUCACUCACAUAGACAUAGCUUACACCAACAAACAACACUCACACACCCACUAGAGACAACAAUUUUUUUGUUUUGUUUUUUUUUCCUCCUGUGUUUUUAUUCGGAAUAAUGCCAGAUAGCCGUAAAUUAAAGUGUAAAAGUGUAAAGCGCAAUUAAAUGUAUUUAGCAAUUUAUAUACAUAUUAAUAUAUACAUAAACAAAAUUUAAACAAAUCGCAUAUUUAUGUACAAGAAUAUAUUUAUAUUUCAAACGGAAAAUUGUAUUUACAAUUACAAAAGCGAUAUAAAGCAAACCAAAAAAUGAGGUCUAAAAUUUCUCUAAAGGAAAACGUUCGAUGAACAUUUAUAUAUACAUAUACAUAUAUAUAGGGGAGAUAAAACAUAAAUUUAUUGGCUUCCGAUCGCGAUUCUUCACUCUUGUUUUAAAUAGUUUUAAAAUUGUAAAGGAAAUUUCUUAUUUGCGUCUGUCACGAUGCGAAACAAGAUAAAAUUGACAGGUACUAAACAUUAUGUUUGCCAAUUAAUUGUUUUUGUUUUAUUUUAAAACCAUUUCCUUUUGGUGAACUUUAUACACAGCUUUAUAUAAUUUAUAUAAAUCUUAAAUCCCGAAUCUCCAUUUAAUUUCGCUUAAGUACAUUUUCAAGCACAUUUACUUGUGUUACUCUCGGAUGCCGCCUUGCGCUGCUAAACAUUAAUUUAUUAUUACUGCCAUUCCAUGAUUGGAUUUACUGUGUUAACGACAAAACCUUUUGAACUUUAUUUUUUUCUUAAUAAUUAAAUAUGGGAUGCUGAGUAUGAAACUUUCGUUUACUUUCAACUCCUAUGUGAAUUUUUUCAAUAAAAAUGGUUGUAUGCUAUUUUUUUAUUUACUUCCAGAAAACAAGAGAUCCAGAUAACCAACAACAAAAUAUUGU